AUGGCCUCUGCCGAUUUCUGGUUAUGUUGCCUUUCGUAUCUGCCGCUGGACGUCUGCGCGGACGCGGGCGUGAAGCCGGGCGAGAUCGACGAGGUGCUGCUUGUCGGGGGCAUGACGCGCAUGCCAAAGGUCAGCGAGAUUGUGCGGUCCGUGUACGGCAAGGAUCCCAGCAAGGCCGUCAACCCUGACGAGGCAGUGGCGAUGGGCGCCGCCAUCCAGGCUGGCGUGCUGAGGGGAGACGUCAAGGAUAUCCUGCUGCUCGACGUGACGCCGCUCUCCCUGGGUAUCGAGACGCUCGGAGGCGUUUUCACGCGCCUGAUCUCGCGAAAUACCACCAUCCCGACCAAGAAGUCGCAG